CAGCCGCACUUCCAUUGUUUACAAAUGGUUUUAGUUAAAGUGACAUUAUUUUCAAGGAUAUUCUUAUGGUUCUGGUGAUAGAUUAACAACUAUUCUAUAUUACUAACUGGAGAAACACCCUUGAGAACACGGCUACUCAUCUCUGUGGCCUUUAAAAAUAGUCGUGGCAAAGCGUUUCACAAUACGGGCCGGGGACGUGCCGUAAGAAAAGAGCGUCAGUUCACUUUGGUCGCCGCCGUCUGCCAGGGUACGUGAGAGAAGAGUCUGUCUCAUGGGGUCAGAUAAUGCAGGAACCAUGUCGGACAAAUACUAUAGCCAUGGGGAGUCCCACAGUGACCGUCUGGCCCGCAAGGCAAAAGAUGCGCCCUUCAUGGUAGUGGGUCUGGCUGGACUCAUGGGCUUAGUGGGCUAUGGAAUAUACGGCUUCAAGAACCGCAAGGUGAAGAUGUCCGUGUAUCUGAUUCACUUCCGUGUGAUGGCACAGGGCUUCGUGGUGAUGUGUCUGACGGCAGGCGUUGGCUAUAACAUCUACCAGCAGCGCAUCCACCCCUGGCUCUACCCACCCAGCAUAGAGGAAAAGAAGGAGUAAGAUUGCCCUGCAUCUCUUACCGGUAACUGACAAAUGCUUCCCCAUAAUAGUCUACAUUUUGUCUCACAUGUACUGUUCCUUGGAACCAUCUCUGAGGAAUGUUCAGCAGUUCUUGAGUCUGUUAUGUUCCUUGGGAGGAAGAUGCUUGUUUUACUAUAGAAAAUUUUUUAUUUUAUUGUUUGAUAUUUAAUGAAAAAAGAUUAUUAGAAUGACUGCAGUGUGUUUGGUGAGGUGUUGUGUUUAGUUGGCUGGCUGUGUUAUAAAGAGAAGCUAAAUGAAUUUCACAUAUUUGCAGAUAACUAUAUAUUAACCAUUUUACUCUCUCUCUCUCUCUCUCUCUCUCUCUCUCUCUCUCUCUCUCUCUCUCUCUCUCUCUCUCUCUCUCUCUCUCUCUCUCUCUCUC